UCUACAGCUAUUCACAGCGCACUACUCUUCUGCUCCCUCUAUCAUCUGGGCUUCCCAAGUGCCAUCUGUAGACAUGGCUACUCCUUUACAUCAGCUUUUCGCGCAAUCGGUACAAGCUCAGCGGAACGACGGGUCCUCGAAGGAAGCUCUGUUGGAUGGGCAGGAUGGGUUGGCAGCUCGAUGGUCUCGUGCAACAGCCGAAACUGCUGAGGAGCUACGUAGGGAAGAUGAAGAAGCAGCUCAGGCAGAAUACGACUUCCAGCAACAAGCUCAGUUAUGGGACUUGAUCGCCAAAAUCACCUUAAUCCGUGAGGUGCAGCAGCCGAUGGGUGUCAAGCCGGAAGAGCUGCUCGAGCAGAACAAGUACCUCUCGCCAAAGAGUCUCGUCAAUGCCAUCUUCCAUUCCGACCGGACACUUCAGGAAUGGACCCUCAUCAAGAGUAACCUGGAGACAUUCGCCGAACCGUCUGAGCCCACUGCUUCGUCUUCAAAACGUGCCAAAUCCAGCUACCGCCACGAGACCCUGCAAGAAGCAAGGAGACUAAAGAACCUGCGCAUGGUAGACGGAUCGGAUGCGGCAACAAGUCUUGAUCUAGAUGCGAACGUGCGGACAAGAGGUGUGAGGGGGGCUGGAAACCUGGCAGGGAAGGACAAGGCCCUGGACCAGAAGACAGUAGACAAAGUGUACCAAUACAUACGCGCAGGCAAGCUCGAGGAAGCAGAGUCAUACUGCCACGAGCACGACGAGAGCUGGAGAGUAGCCAGUAUCAAUGGGGGAAAAGCUUGGGGGAUCGAUGUGGUUGUCGGGGAUGUCGACAUGGAAGGCGACGGAACAGAGGCGGUCGUCACUGGGAAUAUGCGGCGAGAUCUGUGGAAGAAGACCUGCAAGGCAAUAGCUACGAACUCCUCAUUAUCGAAGCAGGAGCGAGCACUGUACGCUUGUCUCACCGGCGACCUAGAUAACACCCUACCUGCCUGUCAUACAUGGGAAGACCACCUAUGGGCACACCUCAAUUCCAAGCUGAUCAUCCGCUUGGACGCCAAGCUUGGACAAUUGAGCGGAUACUGGCAAGAUCGUUAUGGCGACAGCUCGAUAGUGCCGACAGGCGCUACGGGCGGAGACCCGAUGAGGCAAUUAGCGGAAGUCUUCGAUCAAAUCGAGCGUUAUCAGGGAGAUAGUGUUGCGGAUCAAGCGAACGAAUGGUACAACCGGAUCAAGAAGGCCAUCGUCUUGGGACAGGGAGAAACUGUGAUCAAUGAGUUCGUUGAAGACUCCGAGGCCAUUCGCGAGGAGGAUGAGAUUGCUUGGACGACGCUCAACUUUUUCAUGACCCACUUUGCGCUCUAUCGACGAUCGCUCGGACUUCCGGUAGACGAAGAUAGUAUCCGUACACUACUCGAAUCCUACAUCGACCAGUUGGGAGGACUGCACAAAGCCGAUCAGCUCGUCGCCAUCUACUCUGCUGAACUCGAAUCCGGAGACCGAGAAAGGGCCUAUGCCAAGUACCUUGAGCUCGCUUCAGCAACGGAGGACCUCUCGUUCGAAGGCAAGCAACAAGCCCUUCAACAGGCUCAGGAGCAAGAUCUUGACGCGAGGAAGAUUGCAAAUAUCGUCUCGAGCAGAGUGGGGGACAUCGUCGACUUCACGAUAAAGGAAAUGCUCAUCCGGUACCACGCAUAUCCCAAGGUCCAGCAUGGGGACGCCAGCCGGCGCACAAAGGGUAUCAACCAAUCGGUAGAAUGGCUAUUGUGUCUGGAUGCAACCUUUAUCGACGCUGUGAGACUGGUUAACAAAUACAUUCGGUACUACCUGAUAUCUGACAAUGCCGAACUUGCGAGCCGUCUGCGAUCGACGUUGCCGGACGAUUUCGUAGGAUCCUUCGAGGAACUUUAUAGGUCACACGAUCUCGAUCAAGUCGAUUUUGAUCAUCUGGAAGAGAUGAAGAUGAAUUUCGAGCUGUUGACCGUGAUGGAAGAGCUCGCAAGGGUCGAAGGAGUCUGGUCGGCUGGCGUCGAGGAGAUGUCAGGAUUGAUGCUGUCUCAGCAGUUGGCUUGGGCAAAUGAGCAUUCGUCUGAAAUAGAUCUUGUCCAUCGAGCCGUACUCAAGCUCGUGACUAUCGCGGACGAUAGCGAUGCGACAAAUUGGAUCGAAUAUCUUCCCGAGGGCGAUGAGGGUGAUGACCGACACAAGUUGCGGUCAAUGGGGUACGAGCGGCUCAAGAAGAUGCACAUCGGAGACGUCUUGCUACGGUUGCACGAUCUGCUGGUUCUCGCUUCCGAUCACCUCCCCAAAAACUUGCAACGUGCGAUCGACCUGAGUGCCAUCGUCGCCGACCCCGAGACCGAAUUGCAAGACAUCCUGAUCCAGCCCGAUUACGACCCGCUCGAGUCGGAAGCUGGUGCCCCGCAAGCCAUGUGGAUGGACGAUUUCCUGGAGAGGAUGCGAGUCGCUGUGAUGGAGAGCUAUCGCCGAGGAAGUCUCACUGGAUUCCAGGUGCCAGGUGUAACGUUGUAACGUCUUGAAGCAUGUACACGAGUACGGUAUACAACAGUAAUCGAUCCAUUGUUGCUAGCGG